AUGAUCUUUGAACCCCUAAACCGAGUUCCGGUGCCGUACCUGGACAUCCUGAGCUACCUGUUCGGAAAUCCCCAAUACAACCCCGACAAGCCCGUCUACAUCGACGUCGCAAACCCAUCUCGCUCGAUAUCAUUGAACCAGGCACGCACAAUUGUCCGGCAGCUCAUCGCCGGCCUGCGCAAAUGGGGCGUCAAAGAGGGCGACUGUGUCGCUAUCCACUCCUUCAAUGACAUCUCAUAUCCCAUGCUCGUCCUGGCCGUGGUCGGCGCAGGCGGCAUCUUCACUGGCACGAAUCCCGCCUACACAGCGCACGAAAUCGCACAUCACUUCCGUGCGUCCGAGACUCGGUUCGUCCUGUCCGAGCCAGAGAUCAUCGGGCCGAUCAUCGACGCCGCAAACCAAGUCGGGAUUCCAGACGCGAAUGUGCGUUUCUUUGACACGCAGGGCCAGACUCUUUCCGGUGGUAGGCUGUCGUGGAAGGAAUUGUUUAACCAUGGCGAGGAGGACUGGGUGUCCUUUAACGAUGAGCAUCGCGCGAAGACGACGACUGCGGCCAGACUCUUCAGCAGCGGCACAACAGGCCUGCCCAAGGCCGUGACAAACACGCACCACAAUUUCGUUGCGCAGCAGGAACUCGUUUACGAGGUGAAUCCGCGGCCGUACGAAAGCAACCGCGUCAUCGCCAUCCCGCUCUUCCACGCCGCCGCCGCCCCAAGCACACACUUCGGCGUCCUCAAGUCCGGCAACACCACGUACAUGAUGCGCCGCUUCGACCUCCCCGUCUUCCUAGAUACAUUUGAGAAAUACAACAUCACAGACCUCGGUCUCGUCCCGCCCAUCGCGAUCGCCGUGCUCAUGAACCAGCUCACGCACACGCGCCCGUUCCUCAAGUCCGUGCGGACGGCGACGUGCGGCGCCGCGCCCUUGGAUAAAGGCGUGCAGGCGCGGAUCCAGAAAUUGCUCUCUGAUGGCGCGCCCUUUACGCAGGUUUGGGGCAUGACGGAGACGACCUGUGUUGCGACGAACUUUCCCUUUCCGGAGGAUGAUGAUACGGGGUCUGUCGGGUGGUUGAUUGCGAAUGUCGAGGCUAAACUGGUCAACGAGGCCGGCGAAAACAUCUCCGCAUUCAACACCCGCGGGGAGCUCUGCGUGCGCGGCCCCACAAUCACACCAGGGUACUUCAACAACGCCAAAGCAAACGCCGAGUCCUUCGAUUCAGACGGGUGGUUCCACACGGGCGACAUAGCGUACUGCGACGGGCGCACACGGAAGUGGUACAUCGUCGACCGCAGGAAGGAGCUGAUCAAGGUGCGCGGGUUCCAGGUUGCCCCGCCGGAGCUGGAGGCCGUGCUGCUGUCGCAUCCGCAGAUUGUUGAUGCUGCUGUGAUUGGGGUUGCGGAUUCUAGGGGUGAUGGGGAGCUGCCGAGGGCGUAUGUUGUGAAGAGGCCUGGGAGCGGGGAUGGGCUUACCGAGGAAGAGGUUAAGGGGUAUCUUGCGCCGAAGCUUGCCAAGUAUAAGGCGCUGGCUGGUGGUGUUAGGUUUGUCGAGGUGAUUCCGAAGAACGCUAGUGGGAAGAUCCUGAAGAGAGUGCUGAGAGAGGAGGCUGCCAAGGAGGGUCGUUCUAUGCUAUAG